AUCAAUGCAAAGUCCGAGCGAAAUGUUGUGCUGCGUUGGGUCUCGCUUCUAGUCACGGCCAUGCACGAUUUUACAUCGUGUGCGGACAGUGUGCGCAUCAGUGUUCUGUGAUAAAAGAAAUUUUUAACCAAGGACUUUGGUAUUAUUUGCCAUUUUUACAAUUAUUUCGUGCAACGUGCAUUUCGUCCGAUUAAAUUCGGUUUUCCUGCUAAGAAGCGCGUGUACAUACAUACUUUCAGAUUCGAAAGUGCCUUACUAUGUUGAUCGAGCUGCAGGCAAGUCUUUCUCGUCACAUUGUCCUACGAUAGUUUAAUUAUAGCUGCACGGCUCGUACGGACCUAGGCUUUCCCAAAAUAAUGAUUGGAUCAGCGUGGCAUCCCUCCUCGCCCUCUACUCUCGUUUCUCUUCCCUUGGGACACUUGUGUGCAGUGCUUCUGGAAGUAUACCUGUGAACAGCUGUCGUUUUACUGACCAAAACUUCGAGACGAGACUUCUAUGCUUCCUUGUUAACCUACGCUUAAUGUUUUAACAGUGUUAAUCAUAAGUUACGCCUAACUCGUGCGUCAAUCAUCCUAUGUAUUGCGACAUAAACAUAUUUUCCGCUAAGAUGCGUGAUACAGUCUUUUGAACGCAUGGUUUUAUCGACACGAAAUAAAUUGUUUCUAAAGUCAAUCUUUCCUCCUGCAUUGUCGUUUCGUCUAUGGUCUUAGAUGGCUACUGUUCAGUGUUUUAAUCACUAAGAGCCAUGGAAUCAUUCCAUGGAAUGAGUGACGAAAAUAUACAUAUAAGUGAUGUCAUGGAGGUCAUAGGGACCACUGAUCCUGGAUUUGCAGGAUAUACUGACAGAGGGGAGCAACCACCAGUGGAAGUAUGCCCUGCUAAAAAAUUAUUGCCUUAUAUUGAAAUAAUUGAACAACCAGCGAGCAAAGCUUUACGCUUUCGCUAUGAAUGCGAAGGCAGAUCGGCUGGUAGUAUACCUGGUGUAAAUAGUACACCAGAAAACAAAACAUUUCCUAGUAUAAGAAUAGUAAAUCACAAUGGCCCUACUGUAGUGAUAGUAUCUUGUGUAACAAAAGAUGAACCGUACAGACCUCAUCCUCAUAAUCUUGUUGGAAAGGAAGCGUGUAAACAAGGUGUUUGUACAGUAGAAGUAUCAUCAAAAACUAUGACAGUCACAUUCGCGAAUCUUGGUAUACAAUGUGUUAAGAGAAAGGACAUUGAGGAGGCACUUAGAAUAAGAGAAGCAAUUCGUGUAGAUCCCUUUCGAACUGGUUUCGAACAUAAAAGACAACCUACCAGCAUUGAUUUAAAUGCUGUAAGAUUAUGUUUUCAAGGUUUCAUAGAAGGAUCGCAAAAGAGAAAGUUUAAUGUGCCGUUAGCCCCAGUUGUAUCUGAUCCAAUAUUUGAUAAAAAGGCAAUGUCAGAUCUUGUGAUAUGCAAGCUCAGUCAUUCUAGUGCAUCAGUUGCUGGCGGUAUGGAAAUGAUUUUAUUGUGUGAAAAGGUUGCAAAAGAAGAUAUACAAGUUAGGUUUUUUGAAGAGAAGGAUGGACAACUGGUUUGGGAAGGAUUUGGUGAUUUUCAACCUACUCAUGUACAUAAACAGACAGCAAUCGCGUUCAGAACACCCACCUAUCGCAUACAACAGGUAGAUCAACCAGUGCAAGUAUACAUCCAGCUCAAAAGACCAUCAGACGGUGCAACAAGUGAACCAUUACCAUUUCAGAUGUUACCUCUUGGUGCAGGUAGGCCUGCUUUCUGGUCUUUACGGAAAGCAUUUGCCAAGAAGAAAACAGAUUAUAGUACAUUCGAUGAUCCUGAUUGGUUAAGGCGAAAGAGACAAAAGAUUAAUAACAAUCCAAACGUGCUAGUUUUGAGGCAUAUAGAAGCAGAAGCUGAGAAGCGUAUUGCGAUGUUAAAUCAACCAACUCCGUAUAAUUUAAAUGUCAUUAAACCAGAACCAGCAGGGAGGAUAUCUCCCUAUGGAGGCUCAGUGGGUAGUGGAGGAUCUUUUGUAUAUUCUCCAGGAAAUCCUCAACCACAGGCUGCUAUGCAAAAUUUGAGGCCUCACAUAUCACCAGGUCGCACUCCAUCGCCAAUGGAGUACAGUCCAUAUAACCCAGCGCUUGUUCAACCACAAUUAUCACCACAGUGUCAGCCAACGAGCAGUCAUCUACAACAACCAUCAACUAGCACAAACGCACAACAGUUUUUAUAUUUACAAAAUACAUUGCAACCGCAAGAACAAUUACCAUUGAACAGAGCAACACAAAACUAUGGAGACGAGUUGCAAAUGUUGAACAAUGCUGCAGGUGAAAUACAGAACAGAACAGAUGUCACAAAUGUUUUAGACAUGGACAUUCAACAGUACAAUUUUGACUGGAGUCUCAAUCCGCUUAAUUCGACAGAGCUUGCUGAAUUAGGCCAAACUCUAUCUGAAAAUCUAUCCAGUGGAUUAUCCAUCUCGGAUUCUAUUAAUGUGGACGUAAACAGUGGAGCGAACGCAGAGGCAAGCAACGUCGGAGAAAGUAACAUGACCGACAGUUUUACAAGAAUUACUAACAACACUCUUCGAGAACUGACCACUUUAAAUAAUAUGUACAAACCAGCGUAAAAAAGUUGACGACUAAAAUAUCGUGAAUUUUAUUAUUCUUAAAAUAACAAUAUAAAAGAUACGUUGUAUAAAUGUUGUUUUUCAAAUGAAAAUUUCUUUAAAUUCGUAUACUGUGAAUGUAAUUAAUAUUUAAUUGGUUGUGAUUAUACGACAGUACAUUACUGUAACACAUUAACAAUUGUAUUCUUGUAGGGUAUCUCGCCGAGUGAUCAUUAAUUUUAAAUGCAAUAUUUUUUUUCUAUGGAUUCUAACAAAUUUUUUUUAAUAUCACAGAUUAAAAUAUUUUGCGAAUAUAAGUGAUAUAUAAAAUACUGUGACUGUGAUCAAUGUGUACUGAAAAUCUACACGUUUGACGUGCAUGCAAAUAGUCUCGAUUAAGAAUUAUUCUUAUACGUGAAAUAAAAUUCGAAACGAACAAAGUACAGUGUACGUGGUAAAAGACAAUCUGCAUGCAAUAUUCGUACAAAGUAUAAUUUUUUAAGUAAAAUAAACACCCGCGCAUAGUUAUUUGUUUUACGCAUUUCGUACGCUUACAUGCAAUGUUUAACUUUUAUUUUUUACGCAUUUACGUCUGCUACAAAUUUGUUUGUAAAUAUAUAUUUUUGUAUUGGAACUAAUAUUGUAAACACAAUACUCUCAUAUAUGUGUAUGUACAUUCCAUUAAAAAAAUUCCAAUACAUGUUCCGUCCAGGUACGUUCAUUCAUACUUUAAUCAAUUCCUAUCUUUAAUUCUAGAGUUAUAUAAUUUACUUAUACAAUUACGUAGGAAAGGAGUUCACCGCUGGAUUUUAUAUAUAUAUAUAUAUAUAUAUCCAAACCAGCGAUUUGUUAUCGUUAUGAAAUAUCAUUUUGCAAUAGCUUCGUAAACAAUCAAUACUUAAUAUUAAACAUUGUUACAAAUAGGUAUAUAUCUUAAUUACAUACACAAGUGUACCUAAGAAUACAUUGUAAUUUACAUACAAUUAUACAUAUGUAAAUAAACAUGGAUACUGAAAAGUUCAAGUGCAUAAACCAAUAUAUCACACAUCAUUACGAACAUCAUUAUUUUAUUGUAAAUUUUUUUCCAAAUAUUUACACAGCAUUGCUACACAUACUAUCUUAAUCUCUAAUGUAUAUACAAGGUACGUAAAAAUAUUAUCUAAUAUUAAAUUAUCCUUAAAAAAGAGUGAGAUAUGCAAUGAUCAUAAAUAAUAAAUAUAGGGAGAAGACGCGUUUCCUUCACAAGCUCGUGAAGAAUAAAAAAACAUUUGUGUUGUUUUCCAAAAUGUAUUUACUUAAAAAUACAAUGAAAGUUCAAUUCUGAUGGAAUGGGCAGAAAUAUAGUCUGUGGUAUCGGUAUUACUGUUUACGUCGAGAGUGAUGAUGCAAUGGUAUCCUGUACAAAAGUAGUUUGAACAAGACUUAUGAACACACAAACCAAAUUCUUAGCCUAGGAUUUUUCGUUUACGUUUACUUGUGACACAAUAUUUUUUAUUUAACCUGAUUCUUAGAUUCCCUUUUUCUUCAUUUUUUUCUUUUUAAUGCUUACCUAACAAACGUAGGGAUGUAACGGUAUCUGGGCAAUCAGCCUGAUUGAUCGUAAGACCCGUUAGCACCAGCAAAGAAUUUUCUGAAUCGCGUCAAGUACUGGAGCAAACAGAACAGUUCCGUAAUCUCUUAGGCUCAAAGUACAAAACGCAAGUCGAUUUCCAUAUCUUUUGGACAUGUUGCAAACGGGGCUUGGUAUUGUUUAUUAAUAAAAUUAAAUGGACCUAUACUUAUAGUGUAUGUAUUGUAUACUAUGAACGCUAAAGUACUCAUUUUUUGCUCAGGCACCUGUACUUUAAGAUAGUUCUUUGUCAACAAUAAUCGUCAAGGUACUAUCUUGAAGUGAACACGUGAAAAUACAGCAGCAGAUUGUGUAUAAAAUCGUAGAUUAACAGAGUCUUCACGAAGAUGGUAUGGUCUGCGAACAGUACAAUAAUUACUGUCAUUAUACCUUCUCUUAUCAAAUUUUCUUAGUCCUUAUUUAAUCAUCGUAAUAUCGAAUAAAUUGGAUUUAUCGUUACACGCACAGUCCACGCCAUCUCCUUGGAUUCAAUGUGUAGCAGGGAUUCAGUCCACCAAUAGCAGUUUCACUUUUUCUUUCUUUAAUACUGCCAUUACUGUUAAUUUGUUUUUCGGAUAUUAAACCCAUCACUACUUACGAGAACGAAUCAUUUUCUCUGAUCUAACUGCGUUUUAUUUAACUAUCUCAUUCGAAAAUAUUUGUACAUUAAAACGUGGGACAUCGUCUCGCAUUCAAAUUAUCGUUACCUUUAUUUAUUAUGCAGCUAUGGUACAAUGGUAUCGUAACCGCAAUGUCUCUUCACCCUUCUUUUCUUUUGUCUACCAGUCUCCCAAACUAAGUGGUACACCAUGGACGCGGCACUCGCAACUAUCCAUCGACUUUGGCCAUAGAGUAUCUUUCAAUUAGAUGGUAACCAAUAAAUCGUAUAUUUAACGCAUUAAAAAUUACCAAACACUGAUAGAGUUCUGUGGGAGUAUGUCAUUAAUACGACACCGAUCACCAUAUACAAGAGGAAUCGCAAUAAAGAAAUACUGUCACUCGUUCUGCGAUAGUCAACGAAUCAUUGCUACGUGCUGUCCAUGACGAUGAAGUCAAAAUAAAACCACAGUACAUAAAAUCAAAUGAAUUACGCUCGGACGAGAGCAAUCGAAUAGGGAGAGUAUUCUUACCGAUUUCUUUUACAUAUUUUAUAUAUUUAUAUAUAUAUGUAUAUAUAAGUAUAUAUAGUUGAUGUACAUUAUCACUUAAAAUCUUUUUUGGAAUCCACUGUGUGAUUUGUUUCGAAAUUAAUACGCGUACACAUACGUUUAUGUGCUGAAUAAAUGGAAUAGUUAUUUGGAACAAAUAAAAAAUAUUCUGUAAUAUUUGCAACGUUUGUAAGAAAUAUUCUCUCCCCACUCUGUACUUCAAGCCUAAAGUGUAACAACCUCUCCACAUUACAUUACGUUACAUAAUAUUAUAUCGUUAAUAAUAAAAUGUUUCUUAUUCCAUAACUUUAUACAUACUAUGUAUAAUUAUUAUGCAAUGUUAAAGUCACACAUUACUCAUCCACACUACCUGGCGCGAGCGUUAUAUUAACUUGUAAUUCCUGUUUCUUCUUUUCAGAUCAAACAGGAGCACGUAGCAGAAUCUUUUUAAGACUAUUAAAAUUCAUUUUUAGUAUACAUCGAAUGUCGAGAGAUGUCCUUCUAGGUUUAUACGCAUUUAUUUGCUAUUUUUGUUGUCUUACGUAUCACUUAAUUCAUUAUUAUAUAUUUUCUUCAUCCUCGUUUCUUUUAAUUGCUCGCGCUCCUGCAGUCAUUGCAAAUACACGUAUAGAUCAAAAAAAAAAAAA